UGGAACCACCAAUCUAUGGGAUGGGACGACCUAAAUCUACUUAUGCUUUCUACUUUGUCAAGAUCCGCUCAUUUGAGGAUCCUCAGUUGAGAGAAAAGUUCAUGGAUGCUCAAAAUAAGUUCGAGAAAGAGAUCCAAGCUCGCAGCAAAAUUAUCGAGGCUGUAAGAGCCAAGAAGAUGGAACGCUCAACUAUAAUCUCGGAGCUAAAGCCAUUGACAGCUCAGAACAAACGUUAUAAUGAAGUUGUGGCGGAGAAAUUGAAGGAGAUGGAACUGCCUCAAAACCGUUUAGGCAUGUUUCUUAAAAACGACGAUAUGCAGGCACAGCGAGCAGGUUUUUGCUCUUCUGUUGAAGAGCUUGAGCAAACGAUCAAGAUGUCGAAUGACCGCAUAGCUCAUAAGAGUAUAUCUUUACGUGAGGAGAAAUGUCUGGCCAAUGAAAUUAAGAACCUUGAAAAAAACAUAUCAAAGGUCAUUUAUAACUCUACUAUUCGAGCUAAGCUCCAAGAUACAGUGGACGGAAAUGAGAUCAGACAGGACCAAGUUAGAAUCAUUGAUGGAACAAGGAAGGAGCAGCAAGCAGUCAGAUCUAAGAUUAAGGGCCUAGAGGAUGAGUUAAGAGUUGUUGACACCGAGAUUGCAUCAAUUCAAGAAGAUUUAGAUGCAGCAACUGCUAGAAAGGACAAGGCAUAUGAGUCAUUGGUGGAACUGAGAACAGUGCAUGAUGCGAAAAACGCGUCCUUAAUUGAAAACUGCUGUGUUUUGGAUAAAGCUAGAGAUUAUGCUUCGAGGAGAUUGGUGGCAGAGCUGGGAGCGCUCCACGAGGCUGAGGUUGACAAGUUCAUGGCUCAAUGGUGUAACAGCAAGGCUUUCAGAGAGGACUAUGAGAAGAGGACCAUUUCCUCUCUCAUUGUCCGGCAGCUGGACAGAGAUGGCCGAAUGAGGAUUCCUGAUUAUUGAAAUUGGAUGAGAAAUUGCUAGAGAGUAGAGAAUUCAAUAACUCCAUAGGGAUGAAAACAGUGUAGGAAAAUAGGGACAUAAAAUGAUUUUUUUAACAAUAAAGGGAAAGGAUAUAGGACGAGAUAAAAUGCACUGCACUGCAUAAAGAUAUUGGAUGUUUACUUCCUUCAGACCGUGAAGGAAUUUCCUUCUACGAAAUUUGGUUCCAAUUUUUUUAA